AUGAUUGAAAUAGCCCGCAGAAUUGCCGGCUGGUCUAACGGCCACGAUGACUUCGUGGGUCUGGAGAUGGAGGAGCGAAGUUUACGCCAGUCUCUGCAAAGUCAGGGCGCUUCGAUAAGGCCAGCCCCUACGUCGACCAACGAUUGGGUCGUGAUUGGAAUCGCGCUCGUUAGUGGCAAUUUCAAUUGUUUGCUUCCUCUUUUGGCCUGCGCCGCUGGCGCCACCAACAAGACAUGUCCAAGUCACGCGGUCGGUGUUGGAACAUCAGUGGCCGAACGCCGGCCACGCCAAGCUACUGAUGGCUAUUCGACCCUCAAAGGAACAGCCAUUGAUUUCCAUGAGAACGUUGUCCAAUUCAAUCAAGACGUAGCCAGCUCCGAGACCUCGUUUAAAGUUACUGGUUCAGAUGCAUCAUGGACAUUACCACGUUUCCUCUGUUUGGUUAUGGGCCUGAUAAAGCUAGCAGGCGAGGUAGACCGUAGGGUGCAGCCAAUCUACACAGUUGUGAAUGGACAAAACGAGAGUCUUAUGCUUGGCAGAAUCAUGAGGAAAGCGGAGAAGGGCAGUCAAGCAAUGCAGAACAGUCAUCUGGCCAGCUUGAAGCUCGCUAAUUGUCCAGCGAUUCUCGAGAAGUCCAUGAGAUGCCCCAAAACUGGCAAAAUGAGACAGAUAGAUCAGAUGAGCCCGAUAAAAGACUGCCUAGGCUCAAGUUGGGGGAGAAGGCGCUGUGACUUCAACGACUACCGCAAAUUGCUUUUUGCAGACGCCUCUAGGUUAGCUAUAUCUGAUAUUCAUUUUGCUGCAAUGCGAAGUCAAUACGUGACACAAAAGCCGGAAGCCUCAUUUGAUGGCGGCUACAUCUACGCUCCGUCGCCUCACAGUCUAGGAGAAGAAGACCAACAACCACCCCAGGUUGGACUUACCUUGAGUAAAGUACAUGUGCCUGCAGGUGCUGGCGCACAAGGGAAGGAGCGUUGGAUUGACGUUUCGAUGAUUGGAGGUUCUCUUCCGCAGAACAGAUCGGCAUCAUUCAUCAACAGCUACAUGUCUUCAAUACACGCAUCUCUUUUGGCACUUCAGCAAUUGAUUAACCCGGAUAAGAAGCAACGCGUUUCCGGCAUUACUUUCAGUCGCUCAAUUCCCCAAUUUUCGGUUGCCCGUCCGACAUUGGCCAUGGACUUCAUCACCACCAUGACCGAUCGUCUGCUCACUGCUGUUGGAGUGCCCCGCAUUGUUGACAGGCCGCUGGACGGGUGGCACAUGAACCUCGAAAAGCCAGAAAUUGGAAUGAUUCUCACAUACCCACCGACUUACACGCAACCGCCGAUUAACUACGUCCCCGAACAGGUACUUGCCUUCAAGCCGUCACUCUUCGAUAGUGGGGGAGAAGUAAAGCUUGUGUCCCACGGAACUCAACGGAAGUGGCAACACCUUGGAGAGAAACCCGAGAGUUCAGAUGGCGAAUUGCGAGACAUUUGGGCACCCGAAUACAUGGUUCAGCUUGGUGAUCCCGACGCCUGGGCCAGUUACUUUGAUCUCUUUGAUCGCCAAGAGAUCCUUCCUUGGAAUAAAUCAACAGCAAAGGUCAUCAAUGUCCUGGGGCACCACAUUGGCGAGCAUAACCGAGUCAUCUUACGUAUUCAAUACGAAGGAGAGAACGACCGGAAUGCCGGGAAUGUGGACGAGGUGUGGAUGAGAACCUAUUAUCCUCAACUCCUCCGUGAAUACUGGCUUCGUUACCGAUGGGCAUCCUUGAAAGCCCGCUGGGCUGCCCGUCGGGCUGGGAAACAUGUCCCGCGACCCGCUACCGAUGAAUGGUGGAAGCGGGCUCCGUCGAGUGUCAAACACGGCAAUCUCCAAUACAGGAACCGGCUCAAUGUCUUGACAGUCCGACCAAGAAGGCUCCCCAGAGUCCGGAUUCGGGACCAGAUCGCUGGACUAUUCCGCCGGUGGGAUGAUGCAGACACCACCUGCAACACCAGCCUGAUACUUCUGCGAGCUAUAUAUGGGCCCCAUGCUCAUUCUGCAUGCAAGCGUGUCUGGACUCCAUGUGCCAGCGACUGA